GGGCCACCAGGCACCCUGUCAGGAGCCAGAUUUGGCCCGCGGGCCGUAAGUUGAGUAUCGCUGAUGUGGGACGUUAACAUGUCUCCAUUGUCCCCUGAUGUUCCCCGCUGUCUCUGCAGAGCUCCAGUCUGAAGACGGCUCUGCUGGAUUACAUCAAGCGCUGCCUCCCUGCAGACAGCGAGAAGCACAACAUGGUGGCGCUGUGCUUCAGCAUGAGGAGGGAGAUCGGAGAAAACCACGAGAUGGCGGCGAGAACGCAGCUGAAGAUCAUCGAGUCUCAGGCGUGGGUCGUCACCGCUGAUCUGAAGAGCUCGCUGCUCAAAGUGUUGGCGCUGCUGAAGGACGCCGCCGAGAGCUUCUCGAAGGACUCGUGUGUGCGUCAGGCCGCUCGCUGUGUCCGAACCGCCAAGCUGGUCGCUCUUCAGCUGCACUUCCUGAACCAGGGAUCGGAUCUGCGCAUCAUCAACCUGCGACCUGCGGAGCUGCUGAACGCCGUCGCGGCGCUCCCACGAUGCUACCAGGUGUUCGUGGUGUCCGAGGCGUACAGCUACAGUCCGGACUGGGCUGAGAUUUUGUACCAGAAGGUGAUCCUGAAGGGGGACUUUGUUUACCUGGAGGAGCUCAAACGCCACCGCCCGCUCACCUCCGGCCUGUUUGAGGACAUUUUCAAGAAGUAAGACAGUCAGACUCUCUGUGACGGAGCUGCUGGACAAACGCCGCAGCCUCGCUCCGAGAGCACAGGCUCCUCCGAGCAGGUUGUCUACGGAAGCUCUUCGUGGCCGUGCGUUCAUAC